AUUUGUCCAUAUCUGCUCGCACUUCAAAUAUUGAAACAGGAGUUAAGCACUCGUUGUGCACUUAGCAGAGACAUUUUAAAUUUCUUCGAUCAAUACAAAACUUUGGUGUUACCGAAGUCAAAUUUGAACUAAUUGAAAAUUUUCGGUAGAGCUUCAAGGGUGAGUUUUUUUGGUAAUAUAGAAAUGCUUCUUAAGUAAAAGGACCGCUAUUUUGUUAUCGGAUCUUGUAAAUUAUCCUCUUCAUAGUACCUACAGCAUUUCAACCCUUCAAAGAAGUAAAUUAGCGUUGAGAUAAUUUUGUUGAUACUUCUCUUAAUCAAAGAAUGGGCUUUGAAGAUGCUCUGCAGAGGGUGGGAAGUGAUGGGCUCUACCAGAGGGCAUUCACAAUUUUCGGAGCAUUCGCGUGCAUUGUGCCCCUGAUGCAAAACCUUGCCUCUAUUUUCACCCUCAAGAUGUACCCCAUGAAGUGCAACUACGGAAACGGCACAUUAGUGGAUGACGAGAACUACUGCGACAACUGCCCCUCAUUUUACGAAUCUGUACCGGAGGUGGAAGGUAGCUACACCAUUCGAAACCACUUCAACCUUUUCUGUGAAAGGGAGUACUUGGGUGAAUUGGGCAACACAUUCUUCUUCAUUGGACUGGCAUGUGCCGGUGCUGUCGGAGGAGUGUUUGCGGAUCAUUAUGGGCGUAAACCUCUCGGACUGUUCUCUACGUCGCUCAUGACAGUUUGCGCCAUAGCAGCUCCUUUCAUGCCCAACUUUUGGCUCUACACAGUUUGUAGAACAGGUGUUGGAUUGGGCAUCCCUGGACUGUACAAUGGUCUAUUCACACUCCUGUUUGAGACCCUGGAUACGGAAAAGAGGAGCUCGUACUACAUUCUCAUCAUCCAGGGCUGGAGUUCAGGUGUUUUGUUCACGGCUCUAUUUGGCUACCUUUUCCCUAGCUUCAUAUAUUACGAAGUAGCAAUGGGCAUCGGAACUAUACCAGUUGUACUAGUGACCCUCAUCCUUCCGGAGUCCCCGCGGUGGCUAUGGGUGAUGGGGAAGAGGAAGGCAGCCAUGAGGUCCCUGAACAAAAUCGCCAAGUGGAAUAGGAACGAGCCAAUCGGAAUGUCCGAACUGGCCACCCUCAUGGGAAUGGAGGAGGAUAAUCGCCGCUCGAAGCGAGUGAAAGCAGAGGACGCUGUGAGUGAGGCACAGCGCAAACCGAAGGAGUCAGCCGGAAUCACGGAGCUGUUCAAGCACAAAUACAUCCUCAUGGCCACUGUGGUCACCUGGUUCAACUGGUUCUCAGUCACUAUGUGCUACUACGGAUGGUCACUCAUGGUCGGCGAUGUGGGAGGCAGUGUGUAUGAGAACUUGAUCUACGGCGGUGCAAUGGAGAUCGGAGGUCGAUUCGUGGUACUGUUCGUGGCAGACAAGGUCGGCAGACGUCCCUUUGCCAUUUUCCUCACCUGGACAGUCACAGUCUGCUGCGGAGUCGCAGCCGCACUUGUUGCCAUGGGCAAGGAAGGUUCGACGGCACUGAUGGUGGUCGGCAUGUUGGGCAGAUCCUUCAUCUCGUGGUCUUGGGACAUCCUGGGACUAAUCAUGGCAGAGUACCCUCCCACUCCAGUGCGAGUGAUCAUCUCUGGCACCACCAGCACCUGGAGCAGGAUAGGGGGAAUAGUGUCUGCCCAGUUCACCACUAUAGGACGAUGGAAUACAAAUGCGCCUCAUUUCCUCAUUAUGGCCAUCACUUUUGUAGCCGGGCUCUCGUGUUUCAUUUAUCCAGAGACGCAAGGUCUCACCCUUUCGGAUUCAAUGUUAGAAGCCGACACCUACAUCCGAGAUAAUUUUGGAUGCUGUCGGGGAAACCAGUCGGAAGAAAAGGACGCCGAAGUCUCAAUGAGGCAGUUAGAACAACGAGAAAACGAAGACUGCUGAAAAACGAUUCAGACUUCUGGCUUUGCCAAAUUUCAUUAUUCUUUAUACUACAGUUAUUGCUGCUAUCCAUAGAUGCCGGGGGCGAAUCUAUGAUUUUUUCGAGGGGGAGUUUUCAAAAAAUGUUGGAAAUUUUGUUGACCUUUUUUUUAAGGUCAACCAAAUUGAUUUCUGAGCUCUCGCAAAUCACUAUAAAAACCCUAUUCUAUUUUGGCCAAAUUUUGUGAGCUGCAGGCAAAUUUCUGAAAAAAGACAGGCUAAAAAGUAGUAUACAGUGGCAUCUU